AUGAAAUGGAAUAUUAUCAGGAAAUGGACCACAGAUAAAGUGAGACAAAGUGGUUCUUAUUGUGAGAAAACUGAGAAGAAAGUAGCCAGUAGAGAACAAAGGAUGAGAAAUAUCAUUUGUGAUGCAACAGAUGAGGAUGGUGAUCCCAGCCUUUUAGAGAUUGUAUUCUCUUGGAAUCUUAAGGAUGCUCUCAAUGAAGAUCUUUACAAAAACAAGGUAAAAAAAAUACCGGAGACAUUUAGAUCUGCAUCUAGUUACUUGAAGUCCUUCAUCUAUCCGUUGAUCGAGGAAACGCACUCUGAUCUUUGUUCAAGCUUGAAGGGUGUAUCUCGUGCUCGUUUAUGUGAAAUCAAGACGGUUGAAAGCAACAAGUUCUUUAAACCUCCCAAGGACCUGUUGUAUCUGAUAACAUUGAAGAAUACAUCUGAUGAAGUAGAAGAUGAGGAGGAGGAAAAUGCUAGCAAAUAUGUUCCUGAGGCAGGAGAUUUAUUUGCUUUAACAGAUAUUAAACCCAAAAGAAUUGAUGACUUGAAUAGGCCUGGAAGAUUCUACCAUAUUGCUUAUGUGUGUGGCCCAAAAGAUUCAAAUGAUGAAAUACCAAUACAGUCAUCGAAGCACAUGGAAAUGGAUAUAAGUGACCUUAGGAGCAACAAACUAUAUGCAACAUUUCUUCUGAACCUGACCACAAAUAUUCGUGUUUGGAAAGCACUGAACUCACAGUUUGAGAGUGACAAUACGAACAUCAUUAAGCAAGUGCUGCAGCCAGACCUAAAUGGCGGAGAAAUUUGUAAAAAUUGCCUGUCUGGAGAAAAGGACACACUUCACGCUGCCAUCGAUGGAUAUCUACUACCAUCUCAGAAUCUGAAUAAAUCGCAGGAGGAGGCUGUUUCAAGCUGUGUUAAUAUGAUAAAUUGUGGCCACAACGAUAUUAAACUAAUAUGGGGCCCUCCAGGAACUGGAAAAACAAAGACUCUUGCUUGCUUAUUAUUUUGUCUACUCAAGUUAAAACACAGAACAUUGGCUUGUGCUCCAACUAACACUGCAAUUUUGCAAGUGGCUAAUCGGUUUCAUGGUUUAGUUCAUGGUUCACUUGGGUAUAAAACAUAUGGUUUAGGUGACAUAGUUCUAAUGGGCAACAGAUCGAGGAUGAAAUUAGACUCUAGUUCGGGCCUUCAGGAUGUGUUUCUUGAUCAUCGUGUGGAAAAUCUAGUGAAGUGCUUUGCAUCAUUGUCUGGUUGGAAGCAUACUGUAGAAUCAAUGAUCCAGUUAUUUGAGGACCCUGAGAAACAAUACUCCUUGUAUGAGAAAGAGAAGGGUGUUAUGUCAUUGGAAGAUUUUGCUCUGAAGAAAGACAGUAGCAUAGGAUCUGCAUUUCGUGUAUACAUUCGAUGCAUGGCGAGUAAUGAUACUAUGACUCUUACGGAGUACAUAAUGCAGAAACGGAAAGACAUUGUGGAUAAAUUUCGAUCUGAACAAGAAAGAAUGAAGAGUAUCAUGACAAUUCAGCAAUUUGUAAAGCAAAGAUUUGAAGAGUUAACAAAGAAGCUCAAGUUCUGCAUGCAAACUUUGUAUACACACUUGCCUAAAUCUUUUAUUUCGUUGGAAGAGGUGAAGAAAAUGUUUCAAGUUAUGGAUUUGUUAGAUUCUAUUGAAGUAAGAUUGAGGGUAAGUCUAUUUGGUGUUGGAGAAGGAAAAAACCUUAGUGAUUGCUUUGGAUCAUCAGGCAAAAUGUGCCUUAGUUUACUUAGUUUACUUUCGAAGUCAAUAUCCCUUCCAGAUAUUCCUGAGAAAGGUGGAAUAGAAAAGUUUUGCUUGACGAAUGCCAGCAUAAUUUUAUGUACCGCCUCAGGUUCUAUUAAACUGAAUACAGAAGGGAUUAAUCCAAUAAAAUUUUUAGUAAUUGAUGAAGCAGCUCAGCUUAAAGAAUGUGAAUCCGCUAUUCCGUUACAGCUGCCUGACUUACACCAUUGCAUCCUAAUUGGUGAUGAGAAACAACUUCCUGCAUUGGUCAAAAGCAAGAUUGCUGAAAAGGCUGAGUUUGGAAGGAGUUUGUUCGAGAGGCUUGUACUUUUAGGAUACAGGAAACAAAUGCUAAAUGUUCAGUAUAGAAUGCACCCAUCUAUUAGCUUAUUUCCAUGCAAAGAGUUCUACGAUGGGAAAAUUUCUGAUGCCCCCAAUGUCAUGCAAAAAAGUUAUAACAAGAGUUUCCUUGAGGGAGAAAUGUAUGGAUCAUUUUCUUUUAUUGACGUAGCUAAGGGUAAAGAGCAUUUUGGUCGUGGAGGAUUUAGUUCGAAAAACAUGGUUGAAGCUGCUGCCAUUUCUGAGAUUAUUGGAAGCCUUAAAGAAGAGUUUCUGAGGACAAGGAAAAAAGUUAGCAUAGGAAUCAUAUCUCCAUACAAUGCUCAAGUGUAUGAGAUUCAGGAAAAAAUUAAGAAAUAUGAUUCCCCUUCUUAUCCGGACUUUUCUGUUACCGUUCGUUCUGUGGAUGGAUUUCAAGGGGGUGAAGAAGAUAUCAUAAUAAUCUCCACUGUGAGAUCAAAUGGAAGUGGAAAUGUGGGUUUCCUUACCAAUACACAAAGAGCAAAUGUUGCUCUGACUAGGGCCAGAUAUUGCCUUUGGAUAUUAGGAAAUGCAGCUACUUUAGUCAGCAGUAACUCUGUAUGGAGAAAACUUGUUCUUGAUGCUAAGAAAAGAGAUUGCUUCCACAAUGCUGAUGAUGACAAUAGAUUGGCUCGAGCUAUUGACAUGGCUGUGUUUGAGCUUGAACUGCUACAAGAAUCUGAUUCACGAUUUAAGAAACUGAGCUUAGCUGACAAGUCAGAAAUCCCUAUCAAACUCGCUAAGGCUCGAAAACCAAGGCAGUGA